AUGAACCUGCUCAAAAGACUAUCGACCCUCUUGCCGGGUCGUCGCCCUGCCGUUGCUGAGAGUCCGUCCACAGAACAUGUGACCGUCCUGAUUGUGGGUGCGGGCUCAACGGGGCUCGCUCUCGCGCAGGGACUGAAAAAGGCUGGAAUCCCAUGUAUCAUCGUCGAGAAAAAUCCCAGCAUAGACGCCCAGAACCGGGACUGGAACAUGGGCCUCCAUUGGGGCGCCGAGUCGCUGCAAACCCUCAUGCCUGAAGCCAUGUGGUCGCGCAUCCAAUCGAUCCAAGUUGAUCCCUCUACGCCCACCGCAGAAGUUGACUGUCUCAAAUUUCUGAACGGCGCAACCGGCGAAGUCAUGGCGACUGUUCCCGCGAGGAAAUUCUACCGCCUGCGCCGGCGCAAGCUCCGGCACUUGCUUUCUGAGGGGCUGGAUAUCCGUUGGAACCAUAGGAUCACGGCCAUUGAGUACUCGGGCGAUGGGAAAUAUGCAACGGCGUAUUUCGACGGCCAGACGAGUGUAACGGCGAGCUUGGUUGUGGGCGCAGAUGGAGCGCGCUCGACAGUGAGGGAAUUGCUGCUAGGGCCGCAGAAUGGACGUAUACGGACGGUGCCGUAUUGCGCGACCUGGGUCCAGGCUCGGUAUACGGCUGAACAGGCGCGCUUUUUGCGGACAUUUCACCCGCUCUACAUCGCGGGAAUCAAUCCAGCCGGUUUCUUCUCGUUCCUUGGAUUGCAUGAUGCGUCCAGCCCGGAUCCGGCGGCCUGGACUUUCUUCUUCUAUAUCUCUUGGCGCUCACCUCUCGAAGAACAAGAAGCCACAAAGAAUUGGACCAACGCGCAACGCCUCGCACAAGUUAAGCAGUUCGCGCAACACUUUACAGACCCCUGGAAAUCGGCGUUCGAGUGGCUGCCCGACGACCAGAAAGUCUGGUACAUGUGUCUUACGGACUUCGACCCCGGCUGCGACGAGCAUAGAUGGGACAACCACGACGGACGUGUAACGCUGGCCGGCGACGCUGCGCACGCGAUGACGUAUCAGCGGGGACAGGGACUCAACCAUUCCGUGACAGAUGCGGGGAAACUAGCAACCGCCAUUGGAGAGUUUGUUUCUGGGGACAAGAAGAGAGGUGACGCAAUUGACGAGUAUGAGCAGGAGAUGAUCGAGCGUGCUGGAGGCGAGGUGCGCAUGUCAACGACGAACACGGAGAUGAUGCAUAACUGGGAGGAGGUGCUGGAGUCGCCGAUUUUCAGGCGUGGGAUGACCAAGGUGCAAGAUACAGCGGCGGCUGAAGCUGCAGCUACGGCUUCUAGUGAUAAAGAUGCGCAUGAUGGAAAGGGAGGUUGA